GAAAUGCUGUUUGGCUGGUGGGGGAGAGUAGCACGGCACAGUGGAGCCAGCCGUCUUUCUCAACAUCAUUUUACAGAGGAAACGUCCACUGGCAAGUGAGAGAAGUAGACAUACUAAGAGUGAGAGUUGAAUGUUUCACUGAUCUUACAUCUGACUGAGAACAAGACCUAUGAUUCCAAAAACUCAUCUGUAUUUAAGUAAAGAUUUGAUUAAAUGUUUUUAUUAUAUAAUAAUUUUCAAUAAUGUUUUGACCAAUGAGAAACUGAAGAGGGUCGAAAUUGAAUUAUGUUUAGGAUAUCUUAUCAAUGGUUUUUUUUUUUGUUUUUGUUUUUUUGUUUGUUUUUUUGCUGUUGUUGUUCUUUAUGAGAUGUUCUAACAUUUAAAAUACAUUUGGUGGAUGAGCCCCCUGUUGCUUUAUGUGACUUUGACUGCUUUAUUAUAUUACGUGUUGCACUACUGUAGCACAGAUACCUGAAAAAGUUCAUGCUGUGUCAGAGCAUCUCCAAAACAGGAGGUCUUGUGAGCUGCAGUGGUUAGUACCUACCAAAAGUGCUCCAAGAAAGGACAACUGGCAACAGGGUCAUGGGCGCCCAAGGCUCACUGAUAUAUGUGGGGAGUGAAGACUAGCCCAUCUGGUCCGAUCCCACAGAAGCGCUACUAUAGCACAAAUACCUGAAAAAGUUAAUGCGGGCUAUGAUAGAAAGUUGUCAGAUGGGGCUGCGUAGCAUCAGACCGGUCCAAGUGCCCAUGCUGACCCCUGUCCACCGCUGAAAGUGGUAGAAAAUGGGUAGGCUUGCUUGGUGAGCGUUCAAUAAAAUCUAAGACUAAUAAUAAACACAGCUAAUAAUCCUUGUUUUUUUGCUCUCUGUUUUUUUUUUUAUUCAAAUCUUGGGUGUUGGUUUGCCUUUCUUGUUUAACUUUCAGUCUCUCCUCAUAAAUAUGACCAUCGUAAGACUUUUUAAAAAUUAGGUCAACAUUAGCAGUUUCUGCCAUUUUGUGCCAACAAGUAGCUAAGCUGCUAUCUGAAUAAGUAAGUGACAGAUAGCCAGCUAGAAUUAUGAACAGCAAAUCUCUUAAAUUAAUGCAAAUAAUCAAACUAAACUUUAUACUUGAAAUUGUAAUUAUUUACAAAUAUUUACACCACUAGUGCAGCCUCCACGAGAUACUGACUGAUGCCGACAUAUUUAGGUUUGAGAUGUCAGUCAUGCUCGUUACCAUUUCAGUGAUUGGCAGUUGGUUAUGAAGUUUACUUCUGGAGUGGCUUCUGGGUGGGAUUUAAAAUGACUUGUUAAAAGCAUGUUGUCCAAUGUCCAAUGUUCUGUCCCAUUAAAACACAUAUGUGAGAUUCAAGUAGACACCCAGAGAAGCAUGGUAUCUCUGAGAAAAGUUUGCAUUAAUUCAAUGAACAGUACAAUAUUGCGUGAGAUAUUUGAUUCAUGGAAAUGUUAUAUUCCACCAAGAUUGAUUAAUAAUAUAGACACUUUCAUAAACAUUUCAUUGCCACAUUUUAACACAGAUAAACCUAAUGCAGAAUAUCCAUACUUUCUUAGUCCUCUUUUCUUUCAUAUGUACGUGUUAAGACAGUGUUCAUUACUGUCUUUAAGGAUUUAUGAUAACUGUGAUUUUGAUCUACUGUGGAGCGAGAAAGGACUUUCCAUUUGGAGCUGUAUUUUUCACUGAAAACUGCCACCAAACAGUCACCCCUCUCCACAUCGUCCCCUCUGAUUGGCCCCCACGAAACAUGUCCAAAGAGCACAGGACAAACAAAUGUGGACCCUGUCCCCAGCAACAGUCUUAAUGAUGUCCAGUUAAGCAUGACAAAUAUUGCACAAGUGGAUACAGAAGUUACAGUCUUGUAGUGCACUUAAAUUUAUAUGGAAAGAUUUUCUUUAAAAGGCUCUUAGAUAUUAAUAGCACACAGCCAUGUCAAAAUGGACAACAGAUUAUAUGAUCUAGAACAUUUUAAUUAUUGUAUAUGCCAUAUAUUUAGUGACUUAAUUGUUUGUACAGUGCAUGUGUAAUCAUCAUAUUGUACGUGUAUACGUGCAUACGUGUAUAUAUGCUUCCUUUCCCAAUGAACCUGAUGCUAUAUUUAGGAGAAUGCAUGGACAGACUCACAGAGUUGAAGCACUGUAAAAACAAGCACACCUUUUGUAGGGUGUAUGACCUACAAUAGGAUUUGCGAAGCUGUUGCUGGUCUGAGUAUGGGUUAAGGGGAAUAUAACCCCGUGUUUUAGGCAUUUACAGCCAGUAGUGUUUGAUUCUUUGAAAUGUGCUGUCUCUUAAAAUGCUCACCAUUUUACACACAAAAAAGCCAUGGCUUUCUCACAAGCACAUCCAGUGGGAAAUGAGUGAAAGCUCAAGUACAGAUGUUUGCUUGAUUUAUUCAUGCAUUUAGAGUUGCUGCUGAGAACUGUAUUUAUUUUGCUGUAUUUGAUUCACUAUCUCACUAUCUCACUAUCUCCUUUUAAGUGUGCUGCUUUAUUUCUCACUAAUGUUCACUAUCCAGCUGUGUGAGAAUUACAUUUCAGUUGGGUUGGGUUUUUUUUUAUUUGUGCUUAGCUAUUCCAAAUAAAAUGGACGGGGAGUGUAUAGCAUGGAAUUUAGGUUUGUUAACUUGGUCAGUGUGUUAGAAGACUAUACCUGCAAUAUUUUAAAGUAGUCUACUGUGCCUUAUAUACAUGUUCUAUCAGGAGCACAGAUGAAUACAAGGCUGUAUAUAUUGUAUGACAUAACCACACAACAUUACCUGUUUCAGUGAGUUUGGGAUAAAUCUACGUAAGCCUCAUACCUCCUAUGAGGGAAAUAUAACAGUAGUGAUUUGCUUUGAAGGUUGACAUGUAGUGAUGUUGAUGAUCUAAUAAGACAUCUGUGUAUUGCAAUAAGAGACAAGCCCUUGUGUUAGCUUGUGAAUGAGCAUUUGCAGUUUUAAUCUGUAUUAAACCCUUACAUCAAGAGGGUGUAGAGUCUGAUGUAAUGGGCAAAUUAUUUAAGAAUAUUAUUUAAGAAUUAUAUUUGGGGUUUUUUUUUCUAGCAUAUGUCACACUGACAGUAUUGAUGAGAUCAAUUCCAGUGAUUUUAUGUCAGUACUCCACUGUAAAAAGGAUUACACAAAGUCCAGGUGAAAUGCAGACUGUAACAUAUUAUACAUGUUGAAAUUAAUUGAGUUGUAUAAGGAUAUAUUUGAACAACCAGAACAACCUUUCACAAUCUUAGAAAUAGGUUUUCCAUUAUCCAUCAUGUUCUGAGAACUCUGGAAAUUAUUCUAUAGGUCUCCAAUGUAUUUCUAGUUUGUUCCAGUGCUACAUCAGCCUUCCCAUCCUGUUUCCUGCUUCUGCACAGCCUUAUUUGUCUCAUAUGUGUACUUAAGAGGGGUGACCCUGCUUUGUUAUUAUGCAAUUUAUCAAACAGAGAGUUAGCAAGAGAAAGAGAGAGAGGGAGAAGGGAGGGAAGAACUUCAGGGAAAACAACCGCCCAGCUACCAAACGCUAUUUUUAAGAACUGGCUUGAGCUUGACAGACUGAGCUGAAUUUUAAACAUUGUAGUUCGAACCAAAAGCAAACAGCAAAAAAAAAAAGGAUAAUGAGGUGAUAUUUAAUGAUCUAUCCUUUAUGUUUCUCAUGAUGUUUCUCUUGUUCCUGUUUGUGAUCCUCGUCAACUGCAAUUAUUUGGUGAACUACUGAGUCAUGAGAGUCCUGAUUGUACUUACUCUGCUUGUGCUGUGUGCGGCAAAAGUGCAUUGUGGUCAGGACAGUCCCGCAUGUCCUCGGAAAGAAUCCUAUCCUGGUGUGCUGACCUUGAACGUGGGGUCAGAGGUCAUCCUGGGAUGCAGGGGUGAUGUCACUGUGGAUAGCGUCCCAUUAGUAAUGAGUACAAAACACAAAGAGAGACUUGGGAGAAGAGGAGAUGUAACUAGCCAUUGGAAAUCUCAAAAAGCCAGAGAGAGUCCUGGUACUACUGGAAUACACAAUCUACAAUCUGAGAACUUUGCCACCAAUGGAAAACACAAACUUCAAACUGCAACUGGAGUAUAUGCUAAAGUCAGUGAAUCUGUAACCACUGCUAACAUGGCUAUAAGCUCAGCAAAGGUGCAAAUGGGAAGUGGGCAAGGUUUGCAGGCUGCCAAUCAAUCCACUAAACCCAACAGUGUGGGCAGAGUUACAGAAGAAGGAGGGGCUUUUAGCAUAACCCUGGAAAUGGGUUUGAGUACUGAGAGGCGCACCACCACAGAACAUGAAGAGGAUGAGGACUAUAACGAGAAGGUGGAGGGACUGAGAGUGACCAGGUCCAUUAAGAGGCAGGCACGGUGGACCCGGAAUGGUCAGCUCAUGCGAGAGCGUGUGGAAAAUGGUGGGGCUUUGAGACUUCCUGCGCUUCGGUUGACUGACUCAGGGAACUACAGCUGCUAUAGGAGAGGCAAACUAGUUUCAUCGGUUAAAAUCAGUGUUGGCAUCCCUCCAGAGAAACCUACCCUGUCAUGCUACAAGAAAUCCCACAUCAGCAAAAUCCGGUGUGAGUGGAUAUCUAGACAGCCCAUCAUCCCACAGCCUCAGUGUUACAUGUUCCUCAGGAAAGGAUUGGAGAAGAUCUCCCAUGUGAAUUGUUCAUACUCUGAUGCAUGCUCCUGCUGUCAGUGUGCGUUACCCAGUAUGGAAAAUGACAGAAAUGUAUAUACAGUUCAACUAUGUGUGACCAACACAGCAGGCAAUUCCACAAGUUCUACAUACAGCUACAUUCCUCAAAACAUCAUUAAGCCAGAUCCUCCAGUUGAAGUUAAAGUGAAGCCAGUCAAGGGUGAGCCUCACAUGUUGAAUGUCUCUUGGUCGUCACCUACCACCUGGAUGUGGGACUUGUUCUACACCCUUCGCUUCCAGCUUAGAUAUCGUCCUCUACAUGCCAAACAGUAUCAGCAGGUGGUCGUGGAGAGUAGAGACUGGUUGAUUUUGGAUGCUCUGCCACACACUGACCACGAGAUUCAGAUUCGAGCAAAAGACGAGUAUGAAGGGCACUGGAGCGACUGGACUAGUCCUGUGCAUGCACACACAUGGACAUCUCCUGAAAUCACUGUUGCCCCUGACGUUAAUACCAGUCUGGAGUCAGAUUGGAUAUUUCCUGAAGGGUCUGGAAGGCCAGAAGUUGAAGUGGAGAUUAGACCUGCUGCUGACGGUGAUGGUGUAAUGUGGGUGAAUGUGAUGUGCGUAGUGGGAGUCUGUCUCCUUUUCACCUUCGUUAUAAUCUCUGUCUACUCUCUCAGAAACAGAAAGACGUUCAUUUCUAAAAAGAGCAAGGAGAGUGUCUCUUCAGCCUGCUCUUGUUCCUCUCCUUCUCCUCUCCUUCAGCAGCCCCUGAUGACUCAGAGAAGCAAUCUUCAGGAAGGGGAAGGCAUCUACUUGCAUAAUGUGGAAUACUUUUUAUCUCCCUGUGGGCCUGCUGGGUCUUAA